GUAACGCGCUGAGGGUCCUAGGCCGCAUGGAUACUGGCCUUCAGCUGUCGACUUUCACUGUCUAGACUCCUUUCUUUCGUCAUUCAGCCGGGGACGACCAGAAGAAACCGCAUGCUGCCUCGACUGGGAGUAGCCCCACGGCGCCAUCCUUGGAUGUUGUCAAUCUGAACCCCGGCCUAAGACAACAUUGUUUUUAUUGAGACUUCGGUUGCCUACUUCUGUCUUGAAGAUUGGUUCACCUCAUUGCCGAUUUCUCCGUUCAAGCCUCGGCCGAUAUUAGCAUACGUUUUCGCCGCUUCCACGGCCGGCGAGAUUCGCGGCACAUAGACAGCCGAAAUCUGCUUCAUGCUGAUAGCAUCUAUGACUUAUCGCAGAACAAUGUUGCAGCCGAAGACGGCAAAGCACAGCCACGGGGGUCCCGGAUGUUCAGGCGCAUUGCUUUGUUAUUAUAUGGUCAGCUGUGUCUGGCCACGUAUACGUCGAACUGCCAUGAAUGGCUCAUUUUGGCCAUGUUUAGAAAUGGGGCAAUCACGAUUGGCAGGCUGUAAUGGCAGUUUCAGCGCGCUGUUGCGUGAGACCCAAGGAAGGUUCUGUUUUUGUCUAAGUUCUGAGACUCAAACAGCCCUACGGUGUGACAUGGAGAUGGAGGAUUUGUGGCAGUGGUUGGCCAUUUCUGAAGACCAUUAUCGACUUCAUCUUAAGACAUUCUCAAGAAGUCAACCAGUCUUGAUACCAACACAUUCCAAUUCACAGCAAGGUAUGUAUACGAAUUUGAAAACGAUACGUGCAGCUUUGCGCUCAAUAAUAACAUCUCUCACUGGCACUAUCACGAACUAACCGGCGAUACAUACCCAUCAACAAUGCAAGGCCUCUCCAACUCAACUGACGAGCGCACCCCCUGCCUCGAGCUGCUCAUCACCCCUCUCUCAUAGAUCCGCGGAAA